AUGGCACCGGGCAUCUCUUACGACGACUCGGGCGCGCUUGCUUCCUACUUUGCAGCAAGCUGCCUCGCCCUCAUCCUCAUUCCUGUCACAGUCGCAACACUUCGCCCAGCACAAAGUGAAUGCCGUGCCAACAAUGGUCGUAAGCGCCGUCUGAGACGUGCCGCGCACAACUCGAGACUCGCCAAGCGCAUGGUCCCCCUGCUCCUGUUCUGGGGUCUCUUUGCCUGGAUCGCGUACGGCCUCUACUCUGCCGGCGCACCUCCCGAGCUCAAGGUCUACGACCCCCGCGAGAUCCUUGGCAUCUCGUCCAGCGCAACGGAGAAGCAGAUUAAGAAGCACUACCGCAAGCUGUCGCUCCAGUACCACCCUGACAAGAUCAAGCUGGGUGUCAACGAGACCAUGGAGGAGGCCGAGUCCAAGUUUAUCGAGAUCACAAAGGCCUACAAGUCGCUCACCGACGAAACCAUCCGCGAGAACCUGGAAAAGUACGGCAACCCCGACGGUCCCCAGCAGCGCGAGGACAAGAUUGCCAUCCCCAAGUGGGUCGUCGAGGGCAAGAGCUCGGCUUGGGUCCUGGCCGCCUACGGUAUCGUGCUCGGCCUCGGUAUCCCCUUCAUUGUCGGCCGCUGGUGGUUCCGUCAGCGCCGCCUGACGCGUGACGGCAUCCUCAACGGCACCGCCGAGAUCUUCUUCCACUCGCUCCGCCAGGACAUUGAUUUCCUGUCCAUCAUUUCCCUCCUCGCUUCGGCCCUCGAGUUUGAGUCUGUCCUGGCUACCAAGAAGGUGUCCAAGAAGCAGCGCAAGGAGCGUCAGGCGCGUAUCGAGGAGCUUGAAAAGGUCCUCGAGGAGAAGCGUGUCGCUCUCAACAUUGACGAAUCGCCGACCAUGCGCAAGGACUCGCGUGUCAUUGUCACCACCGCCGUGGCCCGUCGUGCGCGUGCCCUCCUGUGGGCCCACCUCUUGCGUGUCAAGCUUGAGCCCGAGCUCGAGCGCGAGCAGCUCGAGGUUCUCCGCGUCACCCCUCCUCUUAUCCAGGGCCUUUCCAACAUUGCCCUCGGCUUCACCUGGCUCGACACUUCGCUUCUCUGUCUCAAGCUCCAGUCGGCCCUCGUCCAGGCCAUCCCCAUUGGCGCUUCCCCUCUCGCCCAGUUCCCCGACAUUUCCCUCGAGGAGGCUCAGGACAUGGAGAUUCUCACCAACUCGGAGGGCCGUCUCUGGCUGGAAAAGUGGGUCCGUCGCGACGUCGACGGCCUCGCCGAGGCCAAGAAGGUGGCCAAGACCUGGCCCCGUCUGGACAUUACGUCGACCGAGUUCAAGGUCGUCGGUGAAAAGGUCGUCACCCCCGGCUCGAUCGUCUCCCUCAUCGUCAAGGCCCGCUACGUGUACCCCACCACCCCUAUCUCUAGCGCGACGAACGGCGGCGCCGCCCGCGAGGAGUCGGUCGAGGUCGUCGAGGGUUCCGUCGAGGCUGCCGACGGCGAGGCCAAGGUCGAGGAGGUCAACGAGAAGUCUCCCAUCCCCUCGCGCUCGGCGUCUCCCAAGGUCAAGUCGGUCAUCACCCCGGCCAAGCCUUCCAAGCCCACCGGCUACAUCCACGCUCCUCACUGGCCCGCGAACCGCGCACCUUCCUUCCAGGUGAUGCUCGGCGACUCGAAGCUGGACAAGGUGAUUGUGCCCCCCACGCGCUUCACCGAUAUCCCCAUGCCCAACGCCGACGGCACACCCGCCGAGCCCAAGGAGUUUACCAUUCAAUUGCCUGCUCCCCCACAGCCGAACCUUUACUCGUUCGUUGCGUACCUCACCUCGGACGCGCUCGUUGGCGCCGAUGUGUCGAGGCCGAUUAUGCUCAAGGUGGAGCCCGUGGCCGACGAGGAGGACAGCGACGACGACAUUUCCGAUCCCGAGGAGGACUCACUGGCGGGCCAGAUGGCGCUCAUGCGCGGAGGAAAGGUCAAGGCGUCUGACGUCUACGGCGACGACGACAGCGAGUACGAGACAGACACAUCAAGUGACGAGGACACUCCGCGUGCCGGCCGUGCGAUCAACGAGGACACGGAUAGCGAUAGCGAUUAA